AGAAGGGCUGCAGGAGGAGACGAGCAGACACUGAACGAAUUAAAAUCACCCUGGAGGGAGCUGGCAGCAUUUCAAAAGCCCUUGCCUCCCACAGUUGAGAGCUGACACACUGAAGCACAGGGAGCUUGUGUCAGAGCUGAGGAGGACCGGAGAGGAGCAACUGCCUGGGGUGUCUGAUCAGUAUUUUGCUCUGUAUCAUUUAUUUGGGGUAUUUCUUUUGAAAAAUGACUCAACGGUUUGGCCGCUUUGCAAACGUCAGCACUUCUCGGAUUUAGCCAGUGGUGCUGCAACCAGAUACAUGGCUUUGGGUGCUAGCUUUUCAUUGAUUUCUCAACAGCGAUUUGUCUCUCCCUCUCGAGUAUAAAUAUCUACAUUUUUGCCUGCUCAAGGUGACUUAAGCUUUGGCGCAGGGAAAUAAAUGCAUCUGAAGUAGCAGCAUCCUAUGCUACCCUGUUCUAGAGUGAGAAGUUGACUGUUUUAGAAAGCCAGCCACUCCUGAUAGGAGCAGGGCAGGGAUGUGAGGCAGUUUGAGAACCUCAAGAUCCAUGGAUUCUGAUCCCAGCACUUCCGGCGAUAGAGGACAGGACUUGGGAGCACUGCCGCAUGAUCUGGUACGGAUCUCGGAGACGGAAAUGGAGAGUUACUACAGCCUGCUGCAGGUGGGCUCGGAGCUGCAAGCUACAUUGCAGAGAGUUGACAUUCCGAUGAGGUUGCAGGACAUCUCUGAGCACAUGGAGAAGCAAAUUGCAUACCUGUCAGGUGGCCGGGGAGAGGGCUCUGCUGUUGUCAUCACCCUCCCAGAGUGCUCCAGUUUUAACGAGGUUCCGGAAGAUGCACUCACUAAAGUGUUGACCUACUUAACCAUGAUUCCACGAAAACGUGAACCCGAAAUUAAAUUUAUUCUUCUUCUGGACCGGAGGAUGGACACCUGGGCUUCAAUUAAAGCGGCUCUCUGCAGGAUAGCGGCCUCCUUCCCAGGAAACCUGCACCUGGUCCUGGUUCUGCGUCCCACCAGCUUCUUCCAGCGGACUGUCACUGACAUCGGCUUCCGCUUCAGCCAAGAGGACUUCAUGCUUAAAAUGCCAGUGGUCAUGCUGAGCUCUGUGACCGAGCUGCUGCGCUACAUCGAUGAGAAUCAGCUCACCCCAGAGUUCGGAGGCACCCUGGAGUACUGCCACAGCGACUGGGUCGUCCUGCGCACGGCCAUCGAGAGCUUUGCAGUGACUGUGAAGGAGAUUGCUCAGAUGCUCCAGGCAUUCGGCACGGAGCUGGCUGAGACUGAGCUGCCCGAUGACAUCAUCUCCAUCGAGUACCUGCUGAUCGCUAACACCGACAGGUACAAGCAGCUGAAGGAAGACAUGCACUCAGUGAUGAGGGAGGGCAGGCACCUGCUGUCGAGUCUGGAGGAGUCUGCGAGUGCCGAGGUGGAGUCUGAGCAGGAAUGGGACGUGAGUCAGGACUGGCACAUGGUGCACAGGCUGCUGGCUCAGCUUCACGACAUGGGAACUGCGUUCGACGGGUUCUGGGAGAAGCACCAGCUCAAACUGAAGCAAUACCUCCAGCUCUGGGAGUUUGAGCAACACUUCCACGAGAUGGAGACGUCCCUACAGCAGCUGUCUGCUCAGGAGCGAGAGGUACCCGGGGCGGGAGAGACUGUCGCUCAGACAGAGCAUCUCAUCCACGAUGUGGACACACUGGAGGGGAGAGCUCAGGAGGAGAUGGGCCGGGCUCAGACAGUGAUCCUGCAGGGGCACCAGCUGGCUGCCAGCCACCACUAUGCCCUGGCGCUCUUAUGCCAGCGCUGCAAUGAGCUGCGGCACCUCUCGGACGUGCUGACUGCCAACCUGCGGGCCAAGAGGGAAUCCCUCGCCCGCUCCAGAGAGCUGCUGUCCUGCCUAGAGGAGGCGCUGUGCUGGUGUGACAAGGGUGCCUACCUCCUGGCCAAUCAGCAAGUGGAUCGGUUCCAGACAAAGGAGGGGGCGCAGGGGGCUCUGCGGCAGAUCGAGAGGUUCCAAGAGGGGAGCCCCCCUCCCCUGAGUGCCGGGGCCGAGGCCAUGAGGGAGGAGUACCAGUCCAUCCUCACCCCACAGCUCCUGGAAAAGAUAGACACAGCUCACGAGAAGGUGGUGGCGGUACGUGGAAUGUUCCAGAACCGACAGGCCUGUCUCCAGAAGCUGACGGACAAGCAGGUCCGGCCCGUCCAGCUGGUGGCUCCCAGACCCGAGAACCCGCCCCGCUCCAAAUCCCCGCUCUUCUCCCCCAAACACGGUGUGGAUUUCAACUCCAGUCUGAAGUUCUCGUUUGACCUGUCUCUGCCCAGAAAGAGAGCCUCCAGGAAGAGCCCUAACUCCAGGAAGAUUGAGGUGAUGCAUGACUACCAGGAGACACGCAGCUCUCUCUCUUUCAGCUCAGAGGGAGAGGACAGCCCUGACCUGCUCAGAUGCCUCGUGAUGAAGGAGUUGAUUGAGACGGAGCGUGUCUAUGUGGACGAGUUGCUUUCUGUGCUGCUGGGUUACCGGGCGGAAAUGGACAAUCCUGCCCUGUCCGUCCUCAUGCCCCCUGUCCUGCGCAGUAAGAAGGCCGUCCUCUUCGGUAACAUGACCGAAAUAUACAGCUUUCACAGCAGGGUGUUCCUGCAGGAGCUUGAGGGCUGUCUGGAGACCCCCGAGAGGGUGGGAGUCUGUUUUCUUGAGAGGAAGGAGAACUUCCAGAUGUACGAGCAGUACUGUCAGAACAAGCCUCGCUCCGAGUCUCUGUGGAGGCAGUGCUCCGACUGCGCCUUCUUCCAGGAAUGCCAGAGGAAGCUUGACCACAAGCUGGGUUUGGACUCCUACCUACUGAAGCCAGUCCAGAGGCUUACCAAGUACCAGCUCUUACUAAAGGAGCUGCUAAAGUACAGCACCAACUGCAAUGGCUCUAAGGAGCUGGAGGGGGCGCUCACAGCCAUGCUGGACCUGCUCAAGUCCGUCAAUGACUCCAUGCACCAGAUCGCCAUCACUGGAUACGAGGGGGAGCUGAGUGACCUGGGCCGGGUGCUGAUGCAAGGCUCCUUCAGCGUGUGGAUCAGUCACAAGAAGGGUCCCACUAAGAUGAAAGAGCUGGCCCGCUUUAAGCCCAUGCAGAGGCACCUGUUCCUGCACGAGCGCGCGCUGCUCUUCUGUAAGAGGAGGGAGGAGCACGGAGAGGGCUACGACAAGACGCCCUCCUACAGCUUCAAACACUGCCUCAAGAUGAGUGCUGUGGGGAUCACCGAAAACGUGAAGGGGGACAUCAAGAAAUUUGAGAUCUGGUACAGCAGCCGGGAGGAGGUGUAUAUGGUGCAGGCUCCCUCUGUGGAAGUGAAGCUGGCCUGGCUCAGUGAGAUUCGGAAAGUGCUAACCAAUCAGCAGAAACUUCUACGAGAGGACACCCUCCUUCCCAGUCCAGCCACAGACCUGAUGCAGCUCUCCCCACCGCUGUGUAACAGUAAGCUGCAGAGGGCGUCGUUCAGCUCAGAGGAGAACGAGUCGGGCCGGACCAGCCCGGUCAUGCUGGACGCUCUUGUCUUCUCGCCACAGAACCAGCAGAACCGCAAGAGCUGGCCCGGAGCCUCUCACUCGGUGGAUAUCUGCGAGGGUCUGGAGGACUGGAGCGGCACCAGUGACCUCUCCAACCCCUCAGACACUGAGGAGGAGGACGGGGCCCCCCUGUCCCCUGGCAGGUACAAGGCUGUAGCAGACUGUAGGAGGUGUGGGCCUGACGACCUGGUAAUAAAGAGUGGAGAUGUGAUCAAGCUCCUUCAGGAGGACAGGGAAGGGCAGUGGCUGGUGAAGAAUCUGAACCGCAAGAAAGAGGGCUGGAUCCCCAUCAGCAGCCUGCAGCUGGUGCUCGGAGAGAGCAGGGCACACUCUGGAAGACUGGCGGAUCCUGGGAAUCUAGAAACAAGAAAACUGAGCUCUCCGUAAGAAAGCAAGAGCCGGCAAGAGUCAAACUGAGGCGGACAAUGUGAGCUCUGUUGGGAUUGGUCCUGUUUUUAACUGGGACUCAUUUGAUUGAUUCUUCUUGAGGAGGGCUUUCAUAUGGCGUGUGAUUGGUCAGCAGGAAAUAAACAGACAAUCUCUGGCCAAUCAACUGCUUCGACCACAGACGGUUAAGUUUCCUUCAGACCAAUCGCAAAGGAGAUACCCUAACCAUUCUGACAUUACAGCUGCGGGAGUUUUCAUUCAUGCUAGAAAUGUACUUUCAUGGGCUCACUUUUCCUGCAUUUCAACGUGACCACCUUUGCACAGAAUAGAGAAUUGAUUUGUGUCCAAUCUGCAAAUGAGAUUUCACAGUGAAAGCUCACAAGCAUUCCCAGCACAGCUUCUGGACUGUCUUGGUUCAAUCUGAUUGCAGCAUGCAUUAAAAUAGUCAGACGGAAGUGGUGACAUCAGCAGAUUCAUGGGAGGACCGCGUGUCUAAUGGAGACGCAGAAUUAAACUAUCCAUGACUAGGGUGAGAGAGAGAGAGAGCUCUGUCCUGCACAGCAUGGUACUGUAUCGCUCCCAGGAACCUUCAGAGAUAACUUUCCACCUCAUUGGAUUGUGAGAAGCCAGUGCACACACCCACCAUCAGCAUUGUCUGACUAUCAGCCUAUUUCUCUUCUCUACCGGAAGCAGCAAUUCGAUGUAUUGAAAAAAGAGAAGCCCAUUUUUAAUCCAGUGAACCUGUCAGUGAGAGAUCUAGUGUAACUCUGCAUUGGGAGCUCUUUGUUUUAACAGAAAUCAUAGCACUGUCUCCAAUGGGAUAGAGGACACUGCUACCCAGAGACAAAAGUGAACAGAAAUAAAAUGAAAAGAGCACAGCUGGAAUGAAUUGUAUGAUUCGGGGCCCUGUUUAUUGUUGUUGUUUUAUCCAUUUUGCACAGGCAGUGUACAGGGGGAGCGCCCUCUCCUGGACUGCCUGGUGCAGUGCACUCUGGAGGUCAAGUGGGGUCACUGGGGCUCUGGACAACACAGACAAUGUCACAGCAGACUGGGACCUUGCAUGACCUCUGGAAUAUUUGGGAAGAGAGUUUUAGUUUGCCUUUGGGUUAUUAAACAGAGCUAAAGAAAAACUGUUUUCACACACACAAGAGAAAAAAAAAAGUUAACAUGACAGCUCAAUAAAGCUUCUCAUACGAAGAGUGGAUUUAUUAGGAACUGAUCUUCCUAAUAAAAAUGAAGUCUGUGUGGCAAUUAAGUUUAAAUUCUCCACACUUUGCAACUUUUUCUUUUCUUCUGUGAAUGACGAUGAAGGUUGGUUUAUCCGAGAUCAGAAGGGUUACACACACCCCUGGGUUAGCUGAAUGUGUUAUUUAUGUGUUUAAAGGACACCAGGGGACAUGUUCAAGUGAUAAUACAGAUUAGAUACUAGCUGAAAGACCUUCCCACACUGGCAAGGUUCUUGUUUAUGGUACAUUACUAGAAUCCUUUUCACUUUGAAACAACAAAGAAAUACUGUAUUUUCUAAACAUGUAAGUUAAGGAGUGGGGAGGCUUUUACUUCAAACCUGUACAGUGUUCGAGUUUACAUGCCAAAAAUGUGAUGUGCCAUGAAAACACUCUUUUAUAACAAAGCUGGGUGUAAUAUUUUUCUUGGCAAUAUUGCAAAGAAUAAGAAGCACUGAAUCCAUGCUUACUUCCACAGACCUCAAUCCUGCAAAGUUCGAAAGCACUUUAAGGAUUAACACAUAAAGAAGAGCAGAUCCUGGAAGCUGUUGUAAGGAAAAUAAUCAUGCAUGUGUCAUUGUUCUCUGUUUUCCCCGCAGGCUCCUGUAUGUAUUCAUAUGUUUCCGAUACAUUUCAUUGGUCCCCCAUUGCCACCAGGAAGCUAUAGGUUUGCAAAGGUAAAAAGCAACAACUUAAAUGGGCAGUGAUUUUUUAUUGUUCAUAGUAAAACUUGGAUGCAAUGGGUCUUGGCAUUCUUUCAGUCUUUCAGUUAAUGUUUGGUGUUCUCCAGACGCUCCUGACUACAGCAAAAUCAACUCCAUACCUCCUUUUGUAUCUGUUUUGGUGGCUUUAAUCACAAAGAUUCCAGUAUACUUAUCCCAGUGUGUGGAAUUGCAGUGCAACUAAUGCGUCUUAAACUCAGGGGUCAAAUUGAAUGAUCGGAGCAGCAGUGGAUCUUAACGGCACCUUAAAACCAGUUUGACGGCUCUGAUUGUGGACUUCUUCUCUGUGCGUUUGUUGUUGUGUUCAGUGAAAUAAGAAGGGCGGCAAUGAAUCCCCCCCCCAAAUGCCAGUUAAAUUACAGUGCGUUGCCAUCUGGAGCAUUAAAACGAACCUUACAAGUUUAAUACCAUGAUUAACUCCCCCCCAGCCAUCACAAAAAAACAAAAACAAAUGCAUGGCAGCAAGCUAAGAGUGAAAGAAUCGAUUUAAGGCUAUUUUUGUUAUAUACGUGCAUUUUAAUUCUUGUACACCUCUG